AAGAACGAAGAGAGAGAAAGCGAAGAGAAGAGAGAGAAAGCGAAAGAGAGAGAGAGAGACAGACAGGGGAGCGUAGGAUUAGCAGCGAUCGAGGGAACGCCAAAUCUACUGAAGCUCCGGCAAGAUCAAAGCCCCCUCCCCCGACACGAGCUCGCACACCAAUUCGUCCUCCCCCGACCCGACCCGACCCGCGACGGAACCCGGGUCCGAAACCGGAACAUCGGGCGGCAGCUGGGUUUUCCUCCCCCCGAGGGCCGCGUUCGAGAUUCGUCUCUCCCGUCAUUGCUCCCCGGUCGGACGCCACCGCCGCCCUCCUCCUCCUCAAUCCUCGCCGGCGGCUUCCCGGGUCGAGCUCCCGAAUCAAUCUGCGGACACCCUUUUGCGGGCAGAGAGGAAGCACCGCCCAUUGGAUGAUUCGAAAUUUAGGGUUUCCGGUUCUCGCGGUCGGGUGGCGCGGCUUGAUUUGAAGUGGCUGAAUGUGCUGAGACCUGCUUCGGUCGCGGGGUUUUCCUGUCUUUGCUGAAGACAUGAGACUUGGUUUUGCUCUGUGUUGCUCGUGGGUUGGUCGAUUCAGCGUUCUUUGGAAACUUAAAUGUUACUCGUGAGCUUUUUUUUAAUUGGGAAUUCAGGAUCAUGACAUGUGCUGGAGAGUCUUUGAGGGCCACUUUUUCCCAGAUAAGUCCCGGUCGGUUGUUCUUGCAAUGAGUGGUCUUCAGUUGAGAGAAUUUUGGGUUUCUGGGAGCUGGGGAGAACUUUGAUUUUGACUUUGAUCGGGUGCUGUGUUUACUCGAAAGUGCUUCUUUGGUAAUUCCAUUUUGAAGAAAUGCAACUGCAGCAGAGCUCGAGAAUUGAUCUAGUUGACCUGAAAGCUCAAAUAGUCAAGAGGUUAGGAGUGGAGAGGUCAAAACUGUACUUUUAUUAUUUGGAUAGGUUUUUGAGCCAGAAGCUGAACAAGGUUGAGUUUGACAAGCUAUGCUGUCGGGUGCUCGGGAGAGAGAAUCUUUCACUUCACAAUCAAUUGAUACGGUCAAUACUGAAGAACGCAUUCCAAGCCAAAAUUCCACCUCCAUCCAUUUCUCAAGAUCCAAAAAGUUCACUUAAAAGAGAAGAUGGACAUGAGCAAAGUUUGUCAGUCAUCCCGAAUCAAACUCCAAAUGUUUCUGUGUGGUCCAAUGGUGUCCUUCCCCUGUCCCCUAGAAAGGUCAGGUCUGGAAUCCGUGAUCGCAAAUUCAAGGAUCGGCCAAGUCCUUUGGGACCAAAUGGCAAAGUGGAUUGCUCGUCUCAUUCCGCAAGUAUUGAAGAGAGUGGUAGGAAGGUUAUCAGGGAGAAUGGUGAGUUGACUCCGCGAGAUUACCCGAGAUCGUUUCAGCAUAUUCGGUCAGUUACUCGGCCUCCUGAGGAUGAAAAGGAAGGAUCAACUCAGCAAUCAGUAAAUAAAUAUAGGGUGCAUGGCAAAGAUCAGACACUUGUUCCUGUUCUUGAAGAAAGGGAAGAUGUGGAGCAGGUACACUUCUUAGAUUCUGCCAGAAAUUCUCUGGUUGCACCCCUUGGAAUCCCAUUCUGCUCUCCUAGUAUAGGUGGCAGCACUAGAAGUUUUCCUGUAGGAAGCAACAGUGAUUAUGUUAGCUGUUAUGAUUAUGGUCAGCUGUUCGACUCAGAAACACUGAAGAAACGAAUGGAGCAGAUUGCAGUAGGUCAGGGAAUGGAAGGGGUCUCCCAAGAUUGUGCGAAUAUCUUGAACAGUUCUUUAGAUGUAUACUUGAAGCAGUUGAUCAGGUCUUGUGUUGACUUGGUUGGAGCAAGGUCUGGGAAUGUUCCAAGAGGGCAUCCUCUGCAGAAGCUGCAGGUACCAGGAAGGGUCAGCAUUGGCAUGUCCUCAUCAAAAAAUCACUUGGCUACACGAGGUAGUAGCUCUGUAGUCGGGGGCAUGCAGGAAGAGACUUCGCCAUGCUCUAUAUCCUUGCUUGAUUUCAAGGCUGCAAUGGAGUUAAACCCACGGCAACUUGGAGAAGACUGGCCAUUGCAGCUUGAAAAAAUUUCCAUGCGUUCAUAUGAGGGAUGAGAUGAGAUGCUCUUUGUCGAUAUAUUCUUCUUAGACAGUCCAUCGCACUCUAUAGAAGUCUUCAGAAAAAGUGGCUGUCUUCUGAUCCCUUGUUCUUGCUCUUAUCAAGUACAUGCCUAUGUUUCAAUCUGCAUUUGCCUGCUGCAGCGAAUGGGGGCAGUCAGAAUGAAGUGACGGAGGUGCUUCAUUGAAGAUCCUCUUAUUAAUUGCUCUGUCAAAUGCUUUGCGUUGUGGUUGACAUUGACUCGCUUGCUUAGUCAGCGCAGAGAUCCCGCUCUCCCGCAACACUUUGUCCAUGAGAACGAAUUUUAAGGAUCUUCAAAGUUUAUCUUGCAUCGAUUUUCAAAGAGGAUUUAGAUCAUUGUGAAGAUAACCUGGAUAAACCGAGGGCUGCAGACUCCAGAUUAUUUAAAUACUUUGCACAGAUGGAGAAUGUAUCAUCUAGGAGUUGCCAUUUGUCUGGCAGUAUUCAUUUGAAAAGCAAUUGCUCUAUUGAUAUCCUGAAUGUCCAAAAGUGAAGGCGUUAAAGCUUUGAUUUUCAUGAGGAGAUCAAAUAGCGUGCUUUGACUAGAAAACCAUCAUUCAGGGAGAAGGGUACAUGCUGGAAAAGAUGCUCCCGAUGUUACGUCAAAAGCAAACAUCUUCCCUUUUGGGAGCAUACACUAUCAAUCACUUGUUUAAAAUAGAAAGAGAAGGAGAGAAAAUUUUGGGCUAGAUCCCUGGCUGACUGAGGAACUCGAGUUGCGAUUACUCUCCUGAUAAUAAAAAGUCAGGUUACAGAGAAAUGCAUAUGCAUACAGAUGAGAUCUCAUGUUUUCGCAGUCAGACUCUAAUACCAAACAGAAGUCACCAAAUCAGUGGCUAGGUGGCUGAGGCAAUCAUGCAGAUGGGCUUCAGCUAAAAUUUGAAUAGCCUCGAUGUUUUGGCUCUUCCAUUUGCCUAGCCUAUUCUCUUUGGCUGAUAUCUUGCUAGACUGUUGCACCUUUGUGGUGCUUAGUUCUUAUUGUCCUGCUUGAGCCACUCCUAAUAUAAAUUUUACAGUUGAUAGAGACAAAACACAUGCUCUGUAUUCAGCGUAGAUAAUCUAUAAAAUGUCAAAUCUUGUUAUUUUUUCCCUA